AAAUUAAUACAGUUUUUUAUUUGUGUUCAUAAUGAAUAAACAAACGAACAGUGAUCACGAUGAAAUCUUAUAUAUGGAUGAAAUUCCGGAUGAGAGUCUACAACCAUUAACUGCCGGGUUGGAAAAUCCAUUACCAAGCGUAGAACCACGGUUCGGUCCACUUUUAGAAACAGACAACAAUUAUAAUCCACGGCCAACUUCGGGUCCAGAGAUAGACGAUUUAGAACCUGGCAUUCCUUCACGACCAGGCGAUAAAGGUAUCGAUGAUGGUCUUAUACCAGAAACAACAUUUGGACAACCGAAUUACCCUAGCGGACAACAUCCUUUUUUUCCUCAACCACCGAAUCAACCGAUACCAGAUGUAAACAUUUACCAGCAUAAAAAAACUCUUGCUCAAGGAAUGAUGGAUUUAGCAUUGUUAUCAGCUAACGCUAAUCAAUUGCGCUAUGUUCUGCAAACCGACGGUCGGCAUCCAUAUUAUUAUCCAUCAUUGACAAUGAUUACUUCCAGUUUACUCAUUCAAGUUAUAGUCGGAAUUGGAUUAAUUUGGAAUAGUAGAUACGAUGUCAAAGUUGACGCGCAAAUGUGUAAAGCCGAUACUGCUAAUAACUGGACCGUUAUCGGUAUAUUUCUCGUCACGGUUCUCAACGUUUUUAUUUCAUCGUUUGGUGUAAUUGACCUGAUAACAACACCCACAUCGUGACAUUUAGAUAAAUUUUUGUUUAAUAUAUA